AUGGACGUUCAGUUGUCAGAGCCGCCACAGAGCCUAGGGCCCCUAGGACCACCGUCGACGGAGCAGGUCGACAUUACCGCUGCUAGCUCUCCGCGCUCUCCCCAGUCCUCGACGUCCAGCACUUCAAUUGCCUCAGAGCAGACAGACUAUGCUCUACAUGAAGCGGCGGACUUCGGCGAAGAUCACAUGGUGCAAAAACUACUUGAGCGCGGCUUCGAUCCAGACGUUCAAAAUGAAGACGGCGACACCCCACUGCAUAUUGCAGCAUGGAGAGGUCACUAUAACUGUAUCAAGAUUCUGCUGGAGUAUGGGCCUGACAUCAAUUACUCCUCUAAUUUAUUUGGUAGCGCAUUGGACAUUGCGUCAGAGGAGGGUCACGCAGAUAUUGUUCGCUUGUUAUUGGAAAAUGGAGCAACAUCCAAAGAUUCUGCAUUGUAUGGGGCAGCACGCGGGGGUUGUGAACCCAUUGUGGACAUGCUGGUUGAAGCCAGAGCCAACGCUCGGUUUAAAAAUUUGUUCGGGCAAACUGUGCUGCACUCAGCUGCUACUAGCAGAAAUAUGGGGGUGUUGAGGCGAGUGCUCAGAGCCGGAGGAAUUGAGGACAUUAAUUAUCAAGAGAAAAACGAUAGUCCAACACCGCUGCAUCUGGCCGCAUAUUCUGGCUGCAGCGACGCUUUCCACCUGCUGCUCGAACAAGGGGCUAACCCCCAUGCACUUGGAGGACCGUUUUAUGGGUCCGUAAUUCAUGCUGCAUGUUAUGGUGGUAAUGCCUCUAUUGUUCGCUUGUUGCUAUCCAAGGGAGUUGAUUAUCACCAGAGUGGCGGAACCUAUUCGUUGCCUUUGCACGCUGCAUGUUUCCGGGGCCACAGAGCCGUCGUUGAUAUCCUUCUCGAGCACAAUGUCCAGAUAACUUUCGAAAACAAGAAACAUGGCAAUGUGUUAGUUGGGGCUUUUACACAAGGCAACUUUGCUAUUGCCCAGCGACUCAUCGAACGUGGCGCUGACCUCAACGCAGCAGCCGAACAGUGCCAGUGCCUAUUUUUCUUGGCUUGUGGACAAGGAAACUUCGACCUUGUCCGCUUGCUGCUGGAGAAGGGCGUCGACCCAAACGCCAAGGUCGGUCUCAUCAUCGGCAAUGCGUUGCACUCAGUUGUGUCUGGACGACGACAGGAAGAGUGCUUGAAAAAGCCUUAUAACUUUGAACCUGGAGCGUACUAUGACACUAACAGUAAAGAGUGGAGGACAGUCUACGGAACGAGCAACGUCCUGCAUGAUGGCCAUCUGGCCGUUGCGAAGCUUCUGAUCGAUAAAGGUGUUGAUAUAGACCAGAAGACUCCAUACUGCCUUGCCACGACACCCUUACACCAAAUAAUCCAAACCUACUUUGAUUUAGUUUAUUCGCAAGUGGACUCUGAUGCAGCGACAAGUAGCUGUGGCAUAUUGCAGGAGAUUAUGACGCUAUUACUCGAAAAAGGUGCUGCUGUGGAUGCUGUCGAUUGGUCUCACGAAACACCUCCGAUAUUUGCGGCCCAAUUAGGGCAACUUCCCUUGUUCAAGCUGCUACUGCGGCAUGGCGCAGAUAUUGACCGCCAAGGCCUCAACGGCCAGACCGCACUCUGGUGGGCUGCUCGCUAUGGACACGUGGAUUUCGUAUCAUACUGUCUGGGAAAAGGAGCGGAUGCAACGAUAAGCAAUGUCUGGAACGAGUCCCCACGGGACAUUGCGGCACGUCGAGGCCAUGAUAAGGGCGACAGGAACGUAGUGAAGGUCCUAGAUGACCACGAAAGGCUAAGAAGGCAGAAGUAUGUCAACACCCAUGACCUCACUUCUUCGAUUUUGAUCACAGCGUUCCACACCUCUCAGGCACGUAGCGGAGGAAAUCCAGGCACCGCUCACAACAUCGAAACGUUGGCAAUGCGUGUAACCCACCGCAUGCUCGCUUCUCCCGCCACUGCUCCCCUAACGCCAGGACAGAGGUCACCACCACUCGCUCUUCUCCCACCGAUCCCACUCUACCGGCGUCUUCUCCGCACUCAUCGAAAGAAGCUGGGUCCCGAACAGCGUAUAUUCGGCGAUACAUACCUCAAAGCUGAAUUCAGGAGACACAAGGAUAUCGACAACCCGCUCCAUAUAGUUGGCUUCUUGACGAAAUGGCAGGAGUAUGGACAGAAGCUUGAGGGAGAUAGUUGGAAAGGAGAGACGCUGGAUAAGAGCACGGUGGACAAGAUGAGUGAUCAGCAGCUUGGCCAGCUGUAUGAAUUGAUGCAGGCAAUCCAGAGGAGAGGGAAGGAGAGUGCGGAUGAGGAGUUGGAAGGAAGGAGUGAAAACUGA